GCAGCGGGCGGUGGAAACGACCGCUGCUGCGCUCGGGAGUUCGCCACCUGCUCGGCUCCGGCUCCGCUCUCCGCACCGCAGUGCGGUGGGCGGGGCGGCAGCGAGGUCCUGGCUGCGGCCUGAGGGUCCCCAGCCCACCCCUGCUCCCUAAGUGCGGCCGACGUCCCCAGUGUUGUCCCUGCUUACCGGCGGCCUCCAAUUAGCCACCCGAUCCCCGCGUAGCUUUUCAGACUCAGCUGCCAAUGCAGGCCUUCGUUUCCGGUUCCCCCUUUCCACAUCUCCAGUAGCAGCCCCCCCUCUCCAGGUCACCGUCUUUUGAUUUUCUGCCCCCUCUCCACCGUCGUUCCCUCCACCCCGACUCGUUCUCAGUUUCUCCACAGGGCUUCUAGUCCAUCUAGCCUGGGUUUAAGCCGUACUGGAGAUGGACUCCAUGGCUUCCUGCCUGCUGGUCAGUUAACUCCUCAUCCUCUGGCCUUCACCGCCCAAUCUGGUGACUUUUCUACAUCCUAAACACACAUGUUAUUUUAAUUACACCUUUUCUUUAGGGCAAGGUUGGUUUGGUCCGUUGAUCUUUGCGGUGCUGAGGAUAGGACCCAGGGCUUUGAGCUUUAUCAUUGAACUGUAGCUCCUGUGUGUGUGUGUGUGUGUGUGUGUAUAUGUGUGUGUGUGUGUGUUUAUUAGCAUGUAUGUAUUGUACAAGUUUCCCUUUGCAAUUCAGGAAUGGUCUCAAAUUAAUAAUCCUGUCUUAGUUUUCCCUGUUGGUGGGAUUCCGGGGAUAGGAUUCCAGGUUUGGCUGAAUGGCUUGCAAAGCCUUGUUCUGCCUGGUUGGCUGUCUGCAUGAAGAUUUUUGGAACUGUGUUCUCUAAGAUGCGUAGACCUGCCCUCUCAGUGUCGUCCCUGGGCACAGGCAUCGAGAUUAGGUUUCUUUCUUUCUUUUUUUUUUUGCAAACUUUUUCUGGGUCUGUUUCACUUGAGGUACAGCUGCCUUUCCCUGUGGGGUGUCACCUUUAAGAGCUUUAUUCAUUUGAGUCACAGUGUUUCAGCAAAAGCAAGUACUUAAUCCAUAGAGAUUGAAAGACGACACAGUCUUUUCCUAAAACCAAGAAAAGUAUGCAUUUCAUUAAAAAGCGAAACCCAGGGCUGGAGAGAUGGAUGUCUCUGUGACUGAUUGAGAGGACCUGGGUGUAGCUUCCAGCAUUCACACCGCUGUUCUCAACUGUCUAAAUCCACGGCCUCGGGAGCCAUCUCCUUCAGAGACAUGCAUGCAGACAAAACACUGAGACUUAGUGACCUUUGAGGAUGUGACUGUUAACUUCACCCAGGAGGAGUGGGCUCUGUUGGACGCGUCCCAGAGGAACCUCUACAGAGAAGUUGUUGGGGAAAUCUUCAUGAACUUGGCCUCUGUGGGGGAAAGAUGGGACCAGAAUAUUGAAGACUGGUACAGAAAUCAGGGCAGAAUCCUAAGCAGCCAUAUUGUGGAGAGACCGAGUGACAGCAAACAAGGGAGCCAUUGUGGAACAACCGUCAGCCAAAUUCUUAACCAUGACCUGAAAGAGAAAAGCUCUCGUGGAGUAAGUCUCUGUGAAUGUAGUGUGUGUGGAACAGCCUUCGUGCCUUGUUCAUCCCGGAAGCCCAGCCGUGCGCACACUGGACAGGAAGUACGUGACUACAAAUGUAGGCAAUGUGAGACAGCCUUCUGGAAUUACUCUUUCCAAGUCAAUGGCAGGUCUCACCGUGAAGACAAACCCUAUGGGUGCCGAGAACACGAGGAAGACUUCCCUUCUUUGACCAGCCUUGGUGACUUCGUUACGACUCAUACCGAAGGUGGACCUUAUAAAUGUAACGUGUGUGGAAAAGGUUUGUACUAUCCCAGCUCACUAAGAAUCCAUGAAAGAAUUCACACAGGCGAGAAGCCCUGUCAGUGUGAACAGUGUGGAAAAGCCUUCAUCUGUUGGGGCUCAGUUCGAAGACAUCAGAGGACCCACACUGGUGAGAAGCCCUACAGCUGUAAGGAGUGUGGGAAGGCCUUCACCUCUCUCUCAGGCCUUAAAGGACACAUGAUAAGGCACACUGGGGGCGGGCCUUAUAAGUGUAAGGAGUGUGGAAAAGUCUUUAACUCACCCAGCGCACUUAGUAAACAUGAGAGAACUCACACGGGGGAGAGGCCCUUUCUGUGUAAGUACUGCGGGAAAGCGUUCAUUUGCUCCACCUCAGUCCGCAAACACGAGAGGACUCACACUGGAGAGAAACCCUACGGAUGUCAGCAGUGCGGAAAGGCCUUCAUUUCUAAUUCUAGCCUCCAGGGACACAUGAUCAGGCACACUGGUGUUGGGCCUUACAGAUGUAAGUUCUGUGGGAAAGCCUUCGGCUCCCCCAGUGCGGUUCUGAGGCACGAGGGUGCUCACGUUGUGUAGGGAAAGCCUGCACUUAGAGAACACCACGGGUCCUGAGAAAAUCUGUUACUAUCCUGGUUCAGGUACAGAAAACGGUUACUGGAGGGAAACUCUUGUUCAGAGAAUCUGGGUAAGCCGUAGACUGUCAGAUUUUAUGUGGAAGCAUGAGGGGGCUGAGGAAAAACCUUAUAAAUAAAAGAAUAAAAUCUG